UGGGCGUCACUUUGGUGCUGGCAACCUCCUGGUGGCUGAUCGAUGCCCACAAGUGGUUCCGCGGCCCGCGCUUUGGAUACGGCGGGAACGCCGCUGAUGACGAGGAGGGUGACCCCAAGGGGGCGCUGGCGGAGGCACCCAAGGACAAGGACGCCGACCUCCCGGCAGCGCAGUGA